AGUGCAGUCGAUGUCAACUUUGAUGUUUUUUUAAUUUCACGUUAACUAUUUGUAAUUUUUAGAUAUAAUUUAGCUGGAUAGCCUAGCUAAGGUGUUUUUAUUUUCAGUAGUUGAGUGACAAAUAAAAGAUUAUAUAUUCAUAAAUAAAAUAAUUAAAAUCGAACUUUGUAUAUUUUCAAAUUAAAUGGUAUAUUUAAAAAAAUGGAUUGUCCACCAAAUAUUGAUAAAAAUGAAUCUUUAAAAGGGUGGACAAAAGGAGAAAAGUUUCAAUUAUUGCAGGCCUUAAAAGAGCAUGGAUUACAUAAUACUAAGGAAAUUAUUGAAUGUUUUGUAAACAAAAAUGAAGAUGACAUCAAAAUAGCCAUAGAAUAUUACAAGAAAAAGGCACUUGUACAUCCAAUUAUGCAAAAAAAGAAGGCAAAGAAAUCUAAUAAUCUGCCAAUAAUACCUCUAGCUAGCUGGGCAAAAUUUUUAAUCGAGUCUUACGGUUUCGAAGAUCUUCAAACUGAGACAGCUACCGCUUUACGGAUAAUAGCAGACUUUGAAGAUAAACCGCCAGCUGUCUGCACAAAUAAGUUCGAUUUCAAAAAAAUAUAUUAUAUGCUUGCUGAUGCUUUGGAAGGCAAGCCUAUACCACAUGACAAACUGACAAUGGCAAUGUUUGAUAAAUGUAUAAUUGAAACAGCACUUACUAGUAAAGCCUUUAUUAGAAGUACAGCAUAUAAACAGAUCCUACAGUCAAUAAAUAUUGCAGAAAAAAAUAUGAAUGUAUUAACAAAACCAACUGAAGACACUGAAUUGUCAAUUUUGAGACAGUUAGCUUCACAAAAGAACUACAAUCCAUUAAAUAUUCCUGAAAAAUAUUUAAAAUCCUCAUCACAUACAUCAUAAGCUCUAAUUUUUUUAUGUAACAGGAAUAUUUGCUAUUAUUUCUUUGAUGUUUACCUAUUACAUGUAAAUUUAAGAAAAUUUGUAGUAAAUU